UACAUUGGUAUAUGUCAUUUUAACAACUAAACUUGCCACUUUUUGAUUAAUGGAGUGAUCACGAGUUGAUUAUGUACAAAGUAGGACCUAGGACAUACGUGCAUUUAUCUGAGAUGCUAUACCUAUCAGGAAUAAAAGUCAAUGAUAAAAAACCGCGCUAGAUCUAUUAGUGUCCUUCUUAGGGUUUUUGGCUCGGAUUUUAUAACCAUCAUCCGAAAGCACUUGACUUUAACACUAUGAAUAGGCCUUCUCUAUUGUAACUUCAUGUACCAUUAUAAUUGAUCCUUUCUGUAGAAAUAGUGAUAAAGUAACACAAUUCCUGUAUCUUCUAUUAAAGUUAAUACUGGUAAUCACUCGAGCUGAUUAAACCACGACAAACGACGUUUACUGUAGAUGUGCGGCGGUUAGGACUGGUUCUUCAUCUGACUUUCUACCCAGUCCCUCAUCAGAUCCACUAGUCACGUCGUGCGUCAAAUGUAUCAUUCAGGUACUGUAUCUAAUUGAUAUGUUACGUGUAGUUAGUGACUUGUGUUGACCCUUUCGGCAAUUACUUCUAUGAAGAGUCCGAUUAUGGUUGCUGGAUCAGUUGCCCUAGUAGUUAAGCGCCUGGUAUAAACAUCAAAUUUGCAACCAGAGUUUAUCUAUUCAUGGUUUAGAACACAUUGUAAUUGGGCGGAAAUUAUUUAUCCUAGAGAAAAGAAAAGUGGAUCUCAGUAGGUAGUGUUAUAUGUAAUACGAAAUGUUAACACGAUCUUUAUGUUUUGAAGAGAAUAACCAACAAGUCCAUCGUCCACUCAUUAACUCACUACAUGCUGUUUGAUAUGUUUAAGUGCAUGAUUAUCUCUGGCGAACAAUUUGUGACUCUUAAUGAGGGGUAAAUUCCAAACAUCCCUCAUCAAACCGUUGAGAUGUAUGUUUCUUAAGUGAGAUAUUCUACACAAUGAAUAUGUGGUUAUACAAUAUGAGUGAUAUAGCACAGCAUUAUUGGUAGUGUAUCCCCUAUUUCUCUCCCUUUGAGUACUAAACGUCUUGUCACUUUAGUUUCUCUCUUUAUUGAUAUUUUUCUGGGAUAUCUUGUUUGCUUCUCUAUUCUGCAGUCGUAGAGUAUGUGGCAACUUCUUGACUCUUUUUUACGCUAUGUAGGUUGUAUUUAUGUACAAAAAUCCGUAACGUCUGGUAGUACUUGGUUAAAAGGUGGAGAGAGAAAACAAUCGUGAAACUCGUCUACUUCUUCUUCUAUGUGCUAUUCAACGACAUGCGUCUUCAAAUGAUCGCCUAAUUCACAGUAGUGUAAAGGAAAAUCGCUGGUCAAAUCCCGUAGUUUCCUAAAUCUUGCUAGACUUCUUUUAGUAUUACGAAAUCCAGGUUUUGUGUCUUAUGUACUUCAAGCUUAAGUGAAGUUAAUUACUCCAUAACUUGAUGAACAUAAGUGUCGUUUCGUUUUGAUUCCUUUUGUUACUAUUGUUAGGUUGCUCCUUGUAACCUUAAUGUACUUAAUCUAAUUUGACUGAAUAAUAGUAAUUAGUCCACUUGUAGGAGUUAGGACUUACGGCGUAAGACGCGAAUUCCCGCUUGGCUAACCAGUUUCUAGUUACUUUUUCCAGUUUUGUCGCAUGCCUUUAAAGUAACUUCUGUCAUUCUUUUUCCAGGUUCUUAUUAUAUAGACAUUUUCUUGUUAAUAAAUCGUACUGCAUAUCAAUUAAAAUCUUUCCAGAAUCUUGGCUUUGAUGGCGGCACCCGUGUUAACUAAGGAGGCUGCUGAAAAGACCGCGCGAUCUAUCUUCGUAGGUAACAUACCGUAUGAAGCGACUGAGGAAAAGCUUAUCGAACUAUUUAGCAAGGCUGGUCCUGUAAUCGGUUUUCGUUUGGUAUAUGAUAGAGAAUCUGGGAAACCCAAAGGCUAUGGAUUUUGUGAAUACAAUAACCCAGCCAUUGCUGCGAGUGCUUUGCGGAAUCUUCAAAAUAUUGAAUUCAAUGGUCGUCCGCUCCGUAUCGGACCAGCUGCUGGAGAACAAAAUUCUGCUGAACUGGCCCUAAGUAACCCAUCAGUUGGUCCACCACUUGAAAGCCCAUAUGGAGAUCAUAUUGACCCACAAGCUGCACCAGAAGCUAUUAGUCGAGCAGUUGCUAGCUUACCACCUGAACAAAUGUAUGAACUAAUGAAGCAGAUGAAACUUUGUAUACAAAACAAUCCUAAUGAAGCACGCAAUAUGUUACUCCAAAAUCCUCAACUAGCAUAUGCUUUACUACAGGCUCAAAUCGUUAUGAAGAUUGUCGAUCCCAAAGUUGCCAUCGCUAUGUUAAAUCGCAGUCAUGAUCAAAUCCCCCCUGCUAUGCCGGAUGAAGACAUGUCUAUGAGAGCACCAGUUAUGGCUUUUCCUGGUCAUAUCAAUCAGACACCACCUUCUGUGGGUCCUAACACUCCAGGAAAUCAUAUGAUUCCCAUGUCUUCACCUGGGUCUCACUUGCCACCCUCCGGCUUUCCACAUCACGGUGGACCUGGACCCGUCCCACAUCCAAGCCAUUUCGGUGUUGAACAAGUUCCACAAAGAAGUCAAGCACCUCAAGGAAUGCAACAGAAGUUUUAUCCAAAUAAUAUGCCACCUAAUGGGUUUCCUCCUAAUUCUGUUGCUCCACCAUCCCAGCCGCCUUUUGACUAUCCAUCGGGUCAAACACAGUCAUCAGCUGUGUCAGGACAACAACCACAUUUCAAUCCCAAUGGACCUCCAAAUAUGGCCGUCCGACCUCAAAGACCACCCGCUGCUCAAAUUACCCCUGCAAUUGCUGCAGCGGCAGCUGCAAGUAUGGGUCCCAAUAGUUUACUAGCAGGACAAGGUGAACAAGAAAAAGUCACACUUAUUAUGCAAGUUCUUCAGCUAUCAGAUGAACAACUUGCUCUCUUACCAGAGGAUCAACGACGCAGCAUUAUGAUUUUAAAAGAACAACUUGGCAAAACAGGAGCAAUUUAAUCCCUUAUAGUGUGUUAUUUAUUGAUAUUUACAGCAUCCCAAUAAAUUUGUAAUUUAUUAAAAAUAAAGCACUUGGAAUUAUG